ACUACUUCCCUGCCAGCAGCUUCAUUGUGUGCGCGAGGAGCGAGCGGCGGCGGAGAGCGGGCGAGCGAGCAGCAGCGCGAGCGCGGCGGGGAGAGCGAGCGCGCCGGGGAGGGUGCGAGGCGGCGCCCGCGGCUGCGCUCCGCCCGCCUCCCGGCAACUCUGCCCCAGCGCCGCGCGCCGUGCGCGCCGUCCCGCCACCUCCGCGGCCCCGCCGGCUGCCGUCGCGGGCUGAGGGUCUGGUCCGGGCAGGGGUCCUAACCCCGAGACUGGGGCAUCCCUGGCUCAGCCGAGAGGCACGGAGCCCGCGGGGGACGUAAAUUACGCUGCAGCACUCGCCGGGUGAACGGCGUGGGCAGGCGGACGGCGGGGCUUCGGGCGCCCCGAGGGCAGGGCUCCCCGACUUCUCCAGGGGAGCCUCAACCCCGAGGGGCGCACAGAGCUAGCGUGCCCUAGCAGCGCCGGACCUUGCGCUCAUCCCCCGCGUACCCCACUUCUGCACAAACUUUUCUGACGCCCUCGCCCGUGGGGGUCGCGGGGAGCGCUGGGGCUGCCCCUUGGGCUCCUGCCCCGCCGGACCCUAGCCACGCUGACCUCCUGCCUCUUGUAGCCUCAGUGGCGACCUCUCCAGGCCGGGCCGCGCGUGGCACUCGAGGAGAGCGCGGUAACCACCGUCGCUCUCCGAAGGCUCCCGCGCCCCCGGGGGCAGCCGGGCGGGGUAAUGCCCUCGGUGAUGGAAAAGCCGAGUGCGGGCUCCGGGAUCCUGUCCCGCAGCCGGGCCAAGACGGCGCCCAACGGCGGACAGCCGCACUCGGAGGAUGACAGCAGCGAGGAGGAGCACUCGCACGACAGCAUGAUCCGAGUUGGAACCAAUUACCAGGCCGUAAUUCCGGAGUGCAAGCCUGAGAGCCCAGCUCGCUACAGCAACAAGGAGCUGAAGGGGAUGUUGGUGUGGUCACCCAACCACUGCGUGUCAGAUGCUAAGCUUGACAAGUACAUUGCUAUGGCCAAGGAGAAGCAUGGCUACAACAUCGAGCAGGCACUGGGCAUGCUCCUGUGGCAUAAGCAUGAUGUGGAGAAGUCACUGGCUGACCUGGCCAACUUCACCCCGUUCCCUGAUGAGUGGACCGUGGAGGAUAAGGUGCUGUUCGAGCAGGCCUUCGGCUUCCACGGCAAGUGCUUCCAGCGGAUCCAGCAGAUGCUGCCUGACAAGCUCAUUCCCAGCCUGGUGAAGUAUUAUUACUCUUGGAAGAAGACCCGCAGCCGAACCAGUGUGAUGGACAGACAGGCACGGCGGCUGGGUGGCCGGAAGGACAAAGAAGACAGCGAUGAGCUUGAAGAGGGACGAGGAGCCGUGAGUGAGGGAGAGCCAGAUGCUGGAGACCCCAAGAGAGAGCCUCUGCCCUCUAGGCCCCUGAAUACGCGCCCAGGCCCUGGAAAGAAGGAGGUCCAGGUGUCUCAGUACCGCCACCACCCGCUCCGAACCCGGCGACGCCCACCCAAGGGCAUGUACCUGAGUCCUGAGGGCCUCACUGCAGUGUCAGGAAGCCCAGACCUUGCCAACCUCACACUCCGGGGACUCGAUUCCCAGCUCAUCUCCCUCAAACGCCAGGUGCAGAGCAUGAAGCAGGCCAACAGCAGCCUCCGCCAAGCCCUGGAGGGUGGCAUCGACCCACUCCGCCCCCCUGAGGCCAAUACCAAGUUCAACUCCCGAUGGACCACAGAUGAGCAGCUUUUGGCUGUGCAAGCCAUCCGUAGAUAUGGCAAAGACUUUGGGGCUAUUGCCGAGGUGAUCGGGAACAAGACUUUGACCCAGGUGAAGACCUUCUUUGUGAGCUACCGGCGCCGCUUCAAUCUGGAGGAGGUGCUGCAGGAGUGGGAGGCCGAGCAGGAUGGGGCCCCCGGAGCCCCAGUGCCCGUGGAGCAGGCCAGGAGAGGGGCUCCCUUGCCAGCCCCAGCCCUAGAGGAGGACGAUGAGGUCCAGAUUACAUCUGUCUCAACAUCUGUGCCCAGAUCGGUGCCCCCUGCACCGCCACCCCCUCCAUUGCCCUCCUCGCUGUCCCAGCCUCCCCCGCUGCUGAGGCCACCUCUGCCCACGGCUCCCACCCUGCUUCGCCAGCCACCCCCACUACAGCAGGGCCGCUUCCUGCAGCCUCGGCUCGCUCCUAAUCAGCCCCCUCCACCUCUCAUCCGCCCGGCCUUGCCUGCCUCCCGCCACAGUGCCCGCCCUGGUCCUCAGCCCCCACCUACCCUGAUCGGAGCCCCUCUGGAACCUCCAGCACCCUCACUCUGAGCCUUGGGGUCCUCUACCACCCACGGGCUCCUGAACCCCUUUGCUGGCAUCUCUGAGGACAGAAGGGACUAGAGCUCUUGCCAGAUCUUUCAAAGACCCAGAGCUGCCAGUUGGCACAGCCCAGCCUGUGGGUUCUGCGUGUGUCCUGGCAGCUGAGUUGCAGGCUGGGGCUAAGGGGCCUUCAGAGCUGGCCUGAGGACUCUGCUUCCUGGCUAGGACUGGAAUGGCUGCCUCCUUAUCUGCAAGAGGCUUGUCCUUUGGGCCUGCCUGUUGUGUGUAGGGGGUAGUGACCUUAGCAUGGGGGAAGGGUAGGACAGUAUGGGGUGUUGGCUGUCCUCAUUCCCCUUUCCCUCCUUUUAGCAAUAAGUCCUGGGGUGAGGUGGGGAGGGGUGGGGGGAGGUGGGCAGAGUCCUGAAGGAAGUCCCAUUCUUCUGCAGGGCCAGGUGGGAAUGCUGAAGGGCCCUGAGGGUGCCCACCUCACCCGUCCUCCCUGGAGCUUGGGGAAAGGGGGGCUGGGAACUUAGGGAGACAUGGGUUUAUUUUUCAAUGUUUUUUAAAAAUAAAUAAAUACAACCU